AUGUCUGGCAGAGGGAAAACCGGAGGCAAGGCCCGAGCAAAGGCCAAGUCUCGUUCUUCCAGAGCCGGGCUCCAGUUCCCUGUGGGCCGAGUGCACAGGCUGCUGCGGAAGGGCAACUACGCGGAACGCGUUGGAGCAGGAGCCCCCGUCUAUCUGGCCGCUGUGCUGGAGUAUCUGACCGCUGAGAUCCUGGAACUGGCAGGAAACGCGGCCAGAGACAACAAGAAGACCAGGAUCAUCCCUCGUCACCUGCAGCUUGCCGUGCGUAACGACGAGGAGCUCAACAAACUGCUCGGGGGUGUGACCAUUGCUCAAGGAGGCGUACUGCCCAACAUCCAGGCAGUGCUGCUACCCAAGAAGACCGAGAAACCCGCCAAGACCAAGUGA